AAUUUUCACCGAACAAACGAUUUCAAAUAAGAAGAGCGCUUCGACUCUCAAAAGGAAGAAAAAAAGGAAAAAAAUAAAAAUAAAAGAAAGGAAAGAAGAGCGCUUCACUCCGUCGCUCCCAGACGCUUCACACACAAGACACAGCUCACGCAGCACUCCAACUGUUCGAUGGAUGUUCCCAAAGACCAAUUACACACUCUUCUGGAUCAUGGUCUCUUCUCUUCUGCUCAAAUUCUGGGUUGUUUUGCUGUAUCUUCAACGUCGAUAAAUCCUGAGACGAGCCCUCAUCUCAAAGCUGAAAGCUUGGUUCUGUUCGGUGAUUCGCUCUUUCGAGAGAAGGAGCAUCGAAGGGCAAUUCAAGUAUAUAAACAAGCGUUGCAGUGCCACAAAAUACUACCAAAACAAACUGCAAAUACAACUCCAACAACUAGGAGCACAUUACCAGCAUCUAAUAGAUCUUCUUCUCCAAAUUCAUGUAACACUUCAGCAAUAAACGAAAAUGAGGUGAAAUUCAAGAUUGCCACGUGUCAUAGCUCACUUGGUGAGAACAGAGCUGCUCUUGCUGAGAUGGAAGGAAUCCCAAGCAAGUCGAGGAAUCUGGAGAUGAAUCUUAUGAUGGCAAAGCUUUAUCGGAAUUCUAGGCAUACUCGAGCUGCAAUUGGAUGUUUUAAGGAGUGUUUGAGGAAUUGUCCUUACAUAUUUGAGGCCAUCAUAGCUUUGGCCGAAUUAGGCGUUUUAGCAAAGGAUAUUAUUUCAUUGUUUCCUCAGACACCGAGUAGAAGCGGAAGACCUCCUUUUGAUCAUUUUGAUUCAAGUCGCUGGCUGGCACGCUACGUUGAAGCCCAAUGCUGUAUUGCUUCAAAUGAUUACAAAGGUGGCCUCGAUCUAUUUUCGGAACUGCUACAGCGAUUUCCUAACAACAUCCACAUUUUACUUGAAAUGGCCAAGGUUAAAGCUGUCAUAGGAAAAAACGAUGAAGCCAUUCUGGAUUUUGAAACCGUCCUGUCAAUUGAUCCAUAUGUUGUGACAUAUAUGGAUGAGUAUGCUAUGCUUCUGAAGCUCAAGUCCGAUAAUUCCAAGUUAAAUAAGUUAGUUCAUGAUCUCUUGAACAUCGAUCCUACAAGACCUGAAGUUUUAGUGGCCUUAGCUGUUCUGUGGGAAAAGAAAGAUGAGAGAGGAGCUUUAACGUAUGCUGAGAAGAGCAUCCGGAUUGAUGAAAGGCACGUAGCUGGCUACAUAAUGAAGGGAAAUCUUUUCUUGUCGUUGAAUCGACCAGAAGCAGCUGUCAUUGCCUUUAGGGGAGCUCAAGAACUAAGGCCCGAUCUUCGCUCAUAUCAAGGUUUAGUUCGUUCAUAUCUAGCUGUUUCAAAGGUGAAAGAAGCUCUAUUUGCAGCAAGAGAGGCCAUGAAAGCGAUCCCUCAAUCCGGAAAAGCUCUGAAACUAGUUGGGGAUGUACAUGCUAGUCAUGUCACCGGAAGAGAAAAGGCAAAGAAGUUCUAUGAAUCAGCCCUAAGACUUGAACCUGGUUUUCUUGGAGCCGCGUUGGCUUUGGCUGAACUCCACGUCAUGGAAGGUCGAAAUGGAGAUGCGGUCUCCCUGUUGCAACGUUAUUUGAAAGAUUGGGCCGAUGAUUGUUUGCAUGUCAAGCUCGCUCAAGUCUUUGCAGCAACAAAUAUGCUGCAAGAUGCCCUUUCACAUUAUCAGGCAGCACUGAGAAUAAACCCGCAAAACGAUGCUGCCAAAAAAGGACUAGAGCGCUUGGAGAAACAAAUGAAGGGAGUCGAUCCUGAUGCACCCGAAGAAGACGAAGAUAAUGAGGUUGAUGAUGGCGAUGGAGAUCAAGAAGAUGUUGAGCUAUUAUGAUUCAAUUUAUGUUACUAUCUUAGUCCUAUUGAUCAAUUUUGUUGUCACUACUGGCCUUUGAAGUGCCAUCAUGCCCAAAAAUAUUAUGUAACAUCGUUGUCACGAAAUGUAAUAUUAUCAUUAGUUAUUAUGACAUACCAAUAUUUUGAUGUAACAUGUAUUAUUCCAUA